AUGAACAAGAAGUGUUAUUCAGUAGAGUCCUGUUACGAACCCAUUGAAGGGAAACAGGAUCAGGUCGGUUUUUGGAUUUCUGGGAGCCUCUUAUUCCAAUUCUCUGUUUCCCAUUUGUUAAAGAUGAAUUCGGAUUAUGUGGUGGCUGUUGAUCCGGUCACCAUUGUGAUCAAGGAAUGCAUUAACCUUUCCACUGCAAUGAGGAAAUACUCCAAGUUUAGAUCCCAGUCGGGAGUAGCUGCACUGCUGAGCAGCAGCGAAAUAUUCACUAAUCAAGAUGAUUCACUAGCGGUUACGUUUAACAAUCUUUCUUCCAAUAAACAUAACGAUCCAUUACUUUCAGGGUUUGUACAAUUGAGAUUGAUGCUUAAUAAUUUACAGAAUUUGGAAGAGAUUGAUUCUUUGACACUGUUGCAGCCUUUUCUCCUAACCAUCAGUACGAGCUCCAUCUCAGGGUAUAUCACUUCUUUGGCACUUGAUUCCCUACAAAAAUUUUUAACGAUGAAUAUCAUCAAUGAGACUUCAAAGAACCAUGUAGCGGCUAUUAGAGAAGCUGUUAAUGCGUUAACACAUUGUAGGUUUGAGAGAUCUGAACAAUUGUCAGAUGAUGCCGUCUUGUUGAAAGUGGUAAUACUUUUACAAGGAGUGACCCAUUCAAGAUACGGUGAACUAAUAUCAGAUUCCAUCAUGUAUGACGUUUUACAGACCGUACUAUCAUUAGCAUGUAAUAAAAAGAGAAGUGAAGUAUUGAGAAGAGCUGCAGAGACCACAAUGGUUUCCAUUACUGCUAGUUUGUUCUAUAAGUUGAAAAAUAUCGAACCGACAGAUUUGACUCAAAAAUAUAUCAAUGAUGAAGGCUAUGCGAAUAGCAUUUUACAAGAAGACUUAAUUGGUACACCCGAUGGUUCACAAGAAGAGGAUUAUACACGAGAUGAGCCAACGACCCUUUCUGGUGGCGAAGAGGUGGCUACGAACACGAGCCAGUUAUUGGAACAAUCUCAAGAAGAGAAAGAUGAGAAGGAUAGUACCCAUGUGAUGGAAUCUCAGAGAUCUGAAUCUAAGGAUUCGAAAUCAUCUGAAGUUCUGGAAGAUAACCACGGAAUACCUGUGAUAAGACACUAUCUGAAUUUAUUGUUGUCAUUGAUUGUACCAGAGAAUCAAGCUAAGCAUACCAAUUCAGUCAGAAUAUUUGGAUUGCAAUUAAUAAAUACUGCUAUCGAAGUGUCAGGUAAUACAUUCCCUCAACACCCAAGAUUGUUUAGUUUAGUGUCUGAUCCCAUUUUCAAACACGUCCUAUUCAUCAUUCAAAAUGGUAGUAAAUUAUCACUAGUUCAGGCCGCUUUACAACUUUUUACCACUCUGGUAAUUAUCUUGGGAGAUCAUUUAAAGGUCCAAAUCGAAUUGACCUUAAACAGAAUCUUUGAUAUUCUUCUGAAUAAUGCUAAUGAAAUAACAAGUGAGGGUAGACCUAGACCAGCUGCUGUUAAGGAAUUACUGAUAGAGCAAAUUUCUUUACUAUGGACUAGAUCUCCAUCAUUUUUCACUAGUACUUUUAUCGAAUUCGAUUGUAAUUUGGAUAGGGCUGACGUUUCAAUAAAUUUCUUAUCAGCAUUAACCAAAUUAGCAUUACCAGAAUCAGCAUUGACUAGUACUGAAAGCGUACCUCCAAUUUGUUUGGAAGGUUUAAUCUCUUUAAUUGAUGAUAUCUAUAGCCGCCUACAGAGGGUGGAUAGAGAAAAAUUUUUACAAGACAAGGGUAAUGUUAGUCGUUUAAAGCAGAAGGAACGCAAGACUGAGUUCAUAAAAUGUGCCAAGAUUUUCAACGAAAAGCCAAAGAAGGGUGUACCAUUAUUGAUUGAGAAAAAAUUCAUAACAUCGGAUUCUGAAGAGGAUAUCGCACAAUUUCUCUUUGAGAAUAAUGGUCGCUUGAAUAAAAGAACAAUUGGCCUAUUUCUGUGCGAUCCAUCACAUACUUCACUUUUGAAACAAUUCAUAGAUUUAUUCGAUUUCAAAGACUUGAGAGUGGAUGAAGCAAUCAGAAUUCUCUUAACCAAGUUUCGUUUACCAGGUGAAUCUCAACAGAUCGAAAGAAUUAUCGAAGCAUUCUCCGCAAGGUAUGUCGAUUCUCAGAAAUAUGAUCCAAGUAAGGCAAACAAUAACAAUGACGACGAGGAUCUCAGUACAAUUCAACCGGACGCAGAUUCCGUUUUUAUCUUAAGUUAUUCAGUGAUCAUGCUGAACACCGAUUUGCACAACCCUCAAGUGAAAGAGCACAUGUCAUUUGACGAUUAUUGUAGUAAUUUGAAAGGUUGCUAUAAUCAACAAAAUUUUCCACAUUGGUAUUUGGAUAGGAUCUAUUGUUCCAUCAGAGAUAAAGAAAUUGUCAUGCCCGAAGAACAUCACGGUAAUGACAGGUGGUUUGAGGAUGCAUGGAAUAAUUUAAUUUCUUCCACCAUGGUAAUGACAGAGAUUCAAGAACAAUGCGAAAGAGACUACGACAAUCUGGGUCUUCAAGAAAUAUCGCAAUUCGAUGGUGCCAUUUUCCAACAUGUGGGUCGUUCUAUAGUAGAUACCUUCUUCAAGAUUUUUGAAGUAGCGUCUGACGAUCACAUUUCCAGUAGAAUGCUCAGUAGUGUCGACAAAUGUGCAUUCAUUGCUUCGUUUUUGGAGAUUGACAACUUGUUUAACGAAAUUCUCUACAAGAUUGCGGUGAUGACGACGUUGUCCGAUGGAACAAACAGGGAUCCUAACGAAAAUGAUGAAAUUCCUCUGGUGGAGAUCACAGUGGAGGACUCGAAUUCUAAGAUUUUGGUGAGCUCAGAUGCUUGCAGAUUAGGGAGAUCUUUCAAAGCUCAAUUAUGUGUGGUGAUUUUCUUCAGAGUGUUUCGUACCAAUAAUUUUUUUACUAAGUUAACUCCUGAAUUGUGGAAUAAAAUUGUAAAAAUACUAUUACUUCUUUUUGAAGACUUGAUGAUAAGCCCUGAUAUUUUCCCUGAUUUGCAACAACGUUUAAAACUCGGAAAUCUUCCUAGACCAGCACCCGAAGUGUCUCUCAAAAAAGCAAAGGAAAGUAGAGGCAUUUUAUCAGCUUUUGCUUCAUAUUUGAAAGGUGAUGAGGAACCUACAGAAGACGAGAUCGACGCUUCUGCCAAAGCUAUUGAUUGCGUCAGAUCCAGUAAUAUCCCUUCUUCCAUCUUUGGUAAUGAGAAAAAUAUUACUGAGGAACUGAUUAGAAUGUUACUCAAUUCUAUAAAAUUAAAAAAGACACCAGAAAAUUCAAGAUUCUUUGAACCGGAAAUGUUAUUCAUCGUCGAGUUAUGUGUGGCCUUAUUCCUAUUCUGCAAAGAUAAAAAGACACUUGGCAGCCAUAUUCUUCACAAAAUCAGCGAAAUAUCCAAGGUUUCAGGUCUAUCCAAGAGAUGCAUACGUCGUUUGAUGGCUUAUAAUCUACUUCUAAUAUCCGUCGUCGAUGAACAACAAGAUAUGCUUCACAAAUUGAUAAACGACGAACUUCUUAAGAAGAACGAAGUCUUUACUCAAAAGUAUUUCGCCAGUGAACAUGGAUGUGAAGUUUUGAGGCGUCUACUUGCGUUAACAGACAUAGAUAAUUAUCGUAAUACCAUUCUACAAGAUGAAGGUUUUUGGAAGCUGUUAAGGCUCUUAGCGUCCAUGAAAGAGCAUACGGCAACGAUUUACAAUUAUUUGGAACGUUCUCUCUACGCCACGAAUAACAUUUUAGCCAAUGAAAACUUUAUGUGGAUCUUAGGUUUACUAGAUGAGAUUUCUUCGCUGGGUGCUGUGGGUAGCCAAUGGGAACGUGAGUAUCAGCGUCUAUUGAAAACAGGACACAAGGUGGAUGACAAGAACCCACACCAGCCCUUAAUAGAUCUUUCUUUGAAGUCAAUCAAGUUGACUAGUCAAAUCGUGGAAAAAAAAUUGGCAUCAAUUCACCUCUCUAAAAAUGAAACUAUUGCAUUGAUACAAGCAUUGGCGCAUCAGUGUUUGAACCCUUGUUCACAAAUAAGAUCGUUCUCACUAGAAUGUUUGGAAAAUGUUCUAAUCAAGCUCGAUCUGCCGUCAGCAGAAAUCAGCAACCUGGAGGAGCUCAUAGAAGGCGGGCUUCUGCCUUUGUUGGAUACAAUGAAUUCCAAAGAGGGAUCAACUGUACCAGUUUCUGAGAUAUUGGCGGUAAUUUCUAAAAUCUACCUAUAUCGUUUGAAACAGGGAAUUACUACUGAUGAGACCUUCUUAAAAAUUUUAAACAUAUACAACAGGUAUGUGGAGGUUCCAGAAGUCGAGAAACAGUUGCAACAUUUGAUUACCGACAAAAAGGCUAUAGAAAAGCCUACCUCUUCGGCUGCCCAUGAAGAUGAAUCGUCCAAUAAUGAUUCUCAUCAGGCUCCUGCAGAAGUACCACAAUCUGCUGUACCUGAAAGUGAAUCUUCAAAGGAUGAUCCUCAACAAGCUCCUGCAGAAACACCUUCAUCAGCAACACCCCCUGCCACUGCUUUGGUUGCAGAAACUUCCCAAAUUUCCAACGGUGAAUCUGCCAAGGAGCAAAUCACUGAGCAAGUCAACUAA